GUGUCACCCAGUACCCACCCUCUGUGGCCUUUGGCCUUUUCCUUCCCUUCCGGCUUCCACCGAAUUUUACGGUUCGUAGUCGAACUGAGUUUCCCAUCACCUUGCACCUACCAGGAAGCCAAUCAAACUGACAAUGGAGGAAGCCGGUCCCAAACCCAAGAGGCCCGUCUCGUCCCUUUGUUGUUUAUGCAACAACAGGAAAGCUGCUCUCAAGAGGCCCAAAACCCUCCAACAGAUAUGCAGAGAAUGUUUCUAUGAGGUCUUUGAGGAGGAGAUUCAUCAAGUUAUUGUGAAGAAUCAGUUGUUCAGACCUGGGGAACGCAUUGCUGUUGGUGCAUCUGGUGGAAAAGAUUCUACCGUUCUUGCUUAUGUGUUAUCAGAACUGAAUCAGCGGCACAAUUAUGGUUUAGAUCUCUUUCUUUUAUCAGUUGAUGAGGGCAUCACUGGAUACAGAGAUGACUCCCUUGAAACUGUGAAAAGAAAUGAAAUUCAGUAUGGAUUGCCACUACAAAUUGUAUCAUACAAGGAUUUAUAUGGAUGGACAAUGGACGAGAUAGUGAAAAUGAUCGGUUUGAAGAAUAAUUGCACCUUUUGUGGAGUUUUCCGUCGACAGGCUCUUGAUAGAGGUGCUGCAUGGUUGAAAGUAGACAAGCUUGCCACAGGGCACAAUGCAGAUGAUAUGGCUGAAACAGUUCUAUUAAAUAUAUUACGAGGUGAUAUUGCAAGAUUGAGUAGAUGUACUGCAAUAAUUACCGGUGAAGAUGGACCAAUUCCAAGAUGCAAACCUUUCAAAUACACAUAUGAAAAGGAGAUCGUAAUGUAUGCUUACUUUAAGAAGCUGGACUACUUCUCCACCGAGUGCAUUUAUUCUCCCAAUGCUUAUCGUGGUUUUGCUCGUGAAUUUAUUAAGGAUUUGGAACGAAUCAGACCUAGGGCCAUUCUUGACAUCAUUAAAUCUGGCGAGGAUUUCAGGAUUUCCACUUCAACAAAAAUGCCUGAGCAAGGGACGUGUGAACGAUGUGGCUACAUUUCAAGCCAGAAAUGGUGUAAAGCUUGUGUUCUGCUCGAGGGCCUAAACCGAGGUUUACCAAAGCUGGGUAUUGGGCGCAGUCGGGGGCUUGAUAGCGAGGGGAAGAAGGAAACCAUUGGAAGUAAUAAUGUACAUACGAGAAGCAUUGAGAGCAAACAAUGUGGCUCUUUAGAUUUCUGAAGCUUCUUUGUUUGAUGGUCAAGGAGUAAUCUAAGAAGAAUCAGUCAUUCUUCACUGUUUGUGAUUGAAGAAAAAAGGCAAAUGGAGAAAACGAAAUAGAUCAUGAUUCAACAUAUCUGAUUUGACACCAUCAAUACAAACAAUGAAAUCCACUGGAAAACUACAAGCGUCCAUGUAGCAGGUAAUAACCUCAUUGUAAAACAUAAUUUUAAUAUCUAUCCUCUUAUAUUUUGAAUUUGAUUUCAAUUUUGUUCAAUCAUUUAGAUUUGAAUUUUAGGUUAAUUUAGUCUCUAAAUUUCAAGAUUUUACCAUUCAAACACAGUGUAAAACACCACAAACAUGACCUGACCAAGAGCUGGUUGGCGACAGUGAUGUGUGCAAAUCUCGAGUGGGGUUUGAAUUUCAUUGAGAAAAAUGAAAUAAAUUAAAAAUACUACUAUAUGAGAAGUGGUUUUGUUUUAA